AGAACGACUACCACUGUUUAUGAUAAGGUCCAAAGGAGAUAACACCUAUGGUUCGCUUCAACUAUCCUCUCUGCCUCCCCUUCUCCCUUUUUCUCAAUCUCUUAUUCCUCAGUAGCUUCAUUCAUCGUCAGCUACAGCUUAGUUGGAGUCAAAAAUCAGCUGAAGAGGCUGAACAGGUUGCAGCUAUACCUUGCUCUGGCCAUGGACAUGCCUACCUGGAUGGAGUUACUGAUCAAGGGAAGCCCAUCUGUGAAUGUAAUUCAUGUUACAGUGGCUCAGAUUGUUCCGAAUUCUUGCCUCACUGCUUCGCCGACGCAGUUGAGGGAGAUCCUCUGUACUUGGAGCCAUUCUGGAUAGAACAUGCAACAAGUAGUGCAGUAAUGGUCCCAGGAUGGCACAGGAUGAGUUACACAAUGCCUAAUCAAUCAAUAAUCUCAGCCGAGCUUGAAAAAUAUAUUCGACGAUUACAUGUUGUUGUCGGAAAUGCGAUUUCUGAAGGAAAGUUCAUUGUGUUUGGUGUUGGAUCAAGCCAAUUGCUUCAUGCAGCUCUGUAUGCUCUUGCCAAAAGCAGCAGAUCACCGGAACCCACUAAUGUCGUAGCAUCUGCUCCUUAUUACAUGUUGUAUAAAGAUCAGACAGAGAUAUUCAAUUCUAAGGACUUUGAAUGGAAAGGAGAUGCAUCUCUAUGGAAGAACAUGUCUAAUAAUAAUUCUUCCAAGAACUUCAUUGAAUUUGUAACUUCACCCAAUAACCCUGAUGGUCAAUUACAACAUUCCAUCUUACAAGGCUCAUCUGUGAAAACAAUAUAUGACCAUGCUUAUUACUGGCCUCAUUAUUCAGCAAUCCCUGCUCCUGCAAAUGAAGAUCUUAUGAUCUUCACACUCUCGAAGGUUACCGGUCAUGCUGGCAGCAGAUUUGGGUGGGCACUCAUAAAAGAUGAAGAUGUAUAUCAAAGAAUGGCAGGAUAUGUAGACAUCAAUACCAUGGGUGUUUCUCGUGAUACCCAAUUAAGAGCUCUAGAAUUACUGAAGGUGAUCCUAGAGGAUGGAGGAAGGGCUUUCUUUGAUUUUGGAUACAAAACAUUGAAGCAGAGAUGGAGAAGGCUUAGUCAGACAAUCACUUCAUCAAAGCAUUUCUCCCUUCAGAACCUUUCAUCUCAGUACUGCACUUACUUUCAAACUGACCAUGAGCCUUCUCCAGCAUAUGCCUGGUUGAAGUGUGAGAGGGAGGAGGACUGGGAUUGUUAUGCUGUUCUUAAGAACGCGGGUAUCAUCGGUCGUCGAGGUAGCAAUUUCGGUGCUGAAGAUCAUUAUGUUCGUCUAAGCCUCCUCAAGAGCAGUGAUGACUUGAACUUGUUAAUGCAAAGAUUAGAUGAUUUAGUCUUCAAGGUGAUUGCCAAAGUUAUAUGAAUUAAAUCAAUCAUGUACAUGAUUAAUAUUGUAUACAGAUGUAAGCUGUUGUAAAGUGUUAAUCUGUAAAUUGCUCAUAACAGACUAUACUUCUUCAAAGUGGUCUCAAAGUAAGCUGAAGCAAUUCAUCAUGAGCAUGUCUUCCUCUGACAACUCAAUUGCAGCAUAGGAAGGCCAUUUUUAUGGCUAUCAUUCCUUUUGAGACAUGAGUGACAACCAAUUAUGUCAAAAAAAAGGGGUGUACCUGGUGCACGAGGCUCUUGCAUGUGCGAGAUCCGGGGGCAAGAACUACGCAGUCUUACACCGAGAGUGACAACCAUUUAUGUCCUUCCUCAAAAUAUGUUGCCUGUUUAUUUGAUAAGUUUAACACAAAAAUUAUAUUUAAUGAAGGAUUAGUUCUGCAUCUUCAA